AUGAAGCCGAAAGGUCUCAUAGCCCUAGCCCCUCUCCUGGGCGUAUCCCACGCCCUCAACGCAACAGCUCUAUUAGAGAAAUACCUCGGCCCCGACGCCCCCUGGUACACCGACCGAAUCCCCGUCUUCGAAACCUCCAUCCAAUCCCUCGAAGAAGUCUACUACUACCGCUGGUCCCUCUUCCGCGCCCACCAGCGGGACCUCGGCGCCCUCGGGUACAUAAGCACCGAAUUCAUCAACGACGUAGGGUGGCAAACAAGCCCCUGGGCGAUCCUCAUCAACGCAGCAAACUACCACCUCCGCGAGGGCCGGUGGGCUCGAGACCGCCGCUUCAAGGAAGAUUACGCGGAUACCCUCUUCGGACCGAACACGUACCCGUAUCAGUUCUCGGAGGUCCUGGCUGAUGGCGUCUGGCAGGGGUAUCUCGUCGACGGCGUCCUGUCUGACGCAACCGCACGGCUCGAGGCAAUGGUGUCCGUGUACGAAGGAUGGAGCGACGAAACCGCAACCGGCGGCGUCGGCGGCUUCGAUGACUCAAAGGGGCUGUACUGGAUCCAGCCGCUCGACGACGCAACCGAGUACACGAUCUCCAGCAUCGACGCGAGCGGCGGAUACGACGGGUUCCUGGGGGGCGAGGCGUUCCGGCCCAGCAUCAACGCGUACCAGUUCGCGAACGCAAAGGCGAUUUCAGCCCUCGCCGCGCUCUCCGGUAAUGAACAGCUGUCCGCGACGUACGCGGCCACCGCAGAAACCCUCAAGAACCUCACCCAGACACACCUCUGGAAUACCACACUAAUCCACUUCAUCGACCGCUUCUACGUCACCAACGAGAACGUCACGUACUGGGACCCGAUCCGCGGCCGCGAGCUCGUGGGCUACGUCCCCUGGACGCACGACCUGCCGGACGACAGCGCGGCGUACGCGAGCGCCUGGACGCAUAUUCUAGACGCCAACGAGCUCGCUGGCUCGCACGGCCUCCGCACCAACGAGCCAAGCUACGAGUUCUACAUGCGGCAGUACCGCUACGAAGGCUCGAGCCCGGAGUGCCAAUGGAACGGGCCGGCGUGGCCGUACCAGAUCACGCAGGUGCUGACGGCGCUGGCGAAUGUGCUGGACCACUACCCGGUCUCGUCUGCGGCGGGGGUCAUAAGCAAGAAAGACUACAAUGCGCUCCUGGCGCAGUACGCGGAGCUGCACUAUAACCCUUCCUACGGCGGGAUAUUGAAUCUGGAAGAGGACUAUAAUGCGGACACGGGCGUGCCCAUCGUCGGACUCGCGAGGAGUCCGCACUAUUUCCACUCCGGGUUCGUCGACCAGGUGAUUUCGGGGUUUGUGGGGGUUAGGCCGGCGGCGGAGGAUGUGCUGGAUGUGAAUCCGCUCGCGGACGACGUGGCGUAUUUCCGGCUGCAGGAUGUGCUGUAUCACGGGCAUAAUGUCUCGAUUCAAUGGGAUGCUGAUGGAAGUCGGUACGCCGCGCAGGGACUGCGUGUUGAAGUUGACGGGGAGGUCGUUGCGAGGUCAGACAAGUUGACCCGUUUAUCUGUGGAUAUUACACGAGUAGACCCACCGGCUAUCAACCGGCCCCUUGCGAAAUCGAUCCAGUUAGCGCUGGACUCGGGGUUUCCUGCUGGGAACGUCUCUGUGUCUGGUGCUGAGGCGGCAGAUAUCCACGAUGUCAUUGACGGGCGGGUGUGGUUUUACCCGGAGAUCAAGAACUGGUGGGAUACGCCGGUGGGAAGCGGGGAGAGUGUUUGGUACGAGGUUGAUUUUGGGAGUGAGACUGAAGUCUCCAGGGGCGAGAUUGCGUUUGCGGUGCAUGCGGGGAGUAAUGUUGAUGUGCCGGGGGAGUAUCGCGUUGAGUAUUUGGAUGGGACGGAGUGGGUUGGGGUUGAGGUUGAGGGUGAUGGGUAUGCGGAGGCUGUUAGGAAUGGGAUUACGGAUGUUGCGUGGGCUGCUGUGAAUACGCAGAAGGUGAGGUUGGUGUUUACGCCUAAGGAGGGGGUUAAGGUGAGGUUGGUUGAGUUUAAGCUGUUCUAG